CAUUGAGCAAUCCCCCAAGUGCCGGCCCCCCCUCGGAGGGGAUUUUCGGUGAGGUCACUGGCCCCGCCCCCGGCCCGGCUAUAAGGUGAUGGCGAUGCCAGGUCGGAGCCCAGUGCCCGCGCCCGUGCCCUCCCCGGCCCUGCUCCGCCAUGCUCGCCCUGGAGGCCGCGCUGUUGGAGGACUCGCCCUUCUCUUGCCAGUACCCCGACAGAGACUUCUACGAUCUAGACUGCAGCAGCCACGCCGGCCCCGGCGCGGCCCCCGAGGGCUUGCUGGACUCCCCGUGGGGCUGGACGGAGCCCACGCCCAGCCUGGCCGCUGCCUACGAGCCCUUCGAGCCCUCGUUCCAGGGCCUGCAGCUCUCCUACCUGCCGCUCCCCUACGGCCCCGGGGGGCAGCCGGAGCCGGGCCUGGGCCCGGCGGGCAGCGCCUGCCUGGAGGAGACCUUCGGGGGCCAGCCCGCCGCCGCCUGGCUCCCCCAGUUCCCCCGUCCCGGCUUGUCGGAGGAUGAGGAGUUCCCGCUGGACAGCCGGGCCUUGGAGGUGUCCGACAGCGAGUCCGACGAGGCCGUGGCGGCCGGAGGGGAGGGGAGAGCAGGCGACGCAGGCGCCCGGAAGAAGCUGCGCCUCUACCAGUUCUUGCUGGGGCUGCUGACCCGCGGGGACAUGCGGGAGUGCGUGUGGUGGGUCGAACCCGGGGCCGGCGUGUUCCAGUUCUCGUCCAAGCACAAGGAGACCCUGGCCCGCCACUGGGGCCAGCAGAAAGGCAACCGCAAGCGCAUGACCUACCAGAAGCUGGCCCGGGCCCUGCGCAACUACGCCAAGACCGGGGAGAUCCGCAAGGUCAAGCGGAAGCUCACCUACCAGUUCGACAGCACCCUGCUGCCCCCCGCGCGGGCCUGACUGCCUCCCCCACCCAGAGAGCGGCCCGGGGGCCUCGGCGUCCCCGCGCGCGGCAAACCAGGGCUCCUGCCCAGGCGCCUCCCUCGGCGGGAGCUCCAGGGCGCUACUGCCCUCCCGGGCCUCAGUUUCUCCCUAAGGGAGUUUGGCCAGAUGCUGUGGAGGCUCCGCCUUGGGGUCCCAGAGCUCACCAGGGCGUGUGCCGGCCCCCUGGGCCUCGGGCAGGGGCGGGCCCAGAGAGGCCAGAGCUCCAUCAGGACCAUGGCCAGGCCCCGACGGUCCUCCUUCCCAGUGCCUAGAGACCCAGCAGCCACCGCGCGGCCGGCUCGCUCCGCCAGGCAGCGACUUUGCAAUAAAAGAUGAUCCCACUCGGA